CGGGAAAAGUAAACAGACAAGGAAGGUUUAUCCACGGCUAUUGUUGAAAUAUUACUUAUUAGGUCACUGGCCUUAGGGCAAAACAAUGGUGUCGUUAAAAUAUGUGACUGACAAAUGAUACAAACUAUUGGUCAGAAUGGCACUGAAUGUUAGAACUAUUGAGGGACAUCUAGAAAAACAAGGGACCGGUCAUGUAUCAAGAUUUUUACCUAAGAAGAGAAACUGGUGCUUUUUAAUAGAUACAACUCUUCAUUGUCACCAAGAAAGUACAAAUAAACAGUCAUCGGUAGCUACAUCAAUAGACCUAAAACAAGCUCAAUCUAUAAAGAAAGUAACCACAGAUCGCACAGGAAUGCAGUUUGAAAUUGCUACUAAGGAUAAAACAACUGUCUUUACUGCCAGUUCUCCAGAAGAAUGCAAUGACUGGGUUAAACAUCUACAGACAGCUAUGACCAGAAAUGAUAAUAAUGUGAAAUCAAAUUCAUCAAGUGAUGUAGAACAAGUUCAAUCACAGUCUGUAUCAUUGCCAGAUGAUUAUGCAGAAAUAUGUGAUCCUAUCGUAGAAAUGAGGCAUAAAUCAAAUACAGCUAACGAAAACCAAACAGAAAGUUCAAUCUAUGAAUCUGUAAACAUAGAUGAUGACGUAUUUAACAGAGCAAGUCAGACUGUAGAUCAAGAUAUUAACAAGAGUGACGCACACAAAUCGAAAAGUUCAACCAAGUCUGUUGAAUAUACUAAAGUCUUACAAAAAAAUCAAAGGACACAACAAAAUAAUAAUAAACAGUCUGAAACAGUUCAGACGAAUAUCUUUCGAAAUCGUGACAACAGUUCAGAUUCUGAUGGUGAAUCGAUAGAUGACAUCCAUGCCUUAAUUCCACAAUCUUUUCCAUCUAUUCCAAAAGAUCAACACACAUUAAACAAAAAGGAUUUAAGUCCAUUGUCAGAUUUACAAAAUUUUCUAUCGAAUAAUAACUUCAAAAGGGGAUCAUAUCAACAUGGUGAUAAUGAAGAUCCAUUUAAAUCAUUGAAAAGUUACAUGAACUCAUUGAACGUACAAUCAAACUAGUACAUGGCAUUAAAAACUCCAUAAAGCUAAUUUUGUAUAUUUGUAUUGUUUAUUGUUUAGUCACUUGCAAAAUAAAGGCUGAAUGGUUACUAUCUGUUACAAAAUUUGAAUAGUAAUUUAAAAAUUACUUUUGCUUUUGUUCAAUGUGUAAGUUAAAACAUGCAAAUCAAAAAAAUAACAUGAUUAAUUUCAAUUCUGCACAAAAAAAAAAUCUCGACAAAAAUAAUUUAGUCAAAUAACUCUGAGUUUCAGAAUAUAUUACCACGCAGUAUUUUCACAAUUAGUUGCUUUACAAAAUGAUAUAACACAUAUAUAUAGAUGUUUGUUCCAGGCUACUUCCUUAUCAUAGCAGUUAGAAAUGUUGCUUGAAGGAGUUAAAUCGCUAAUAUUUGAUACCUAGAAAUUGACAUAUAUGGGUCGAAAUGCAUAUAAUAAUGUAAUUUGAAAGUAUAUAAACUGAUUUACAUUCAAUCGUUUCCGUUUUUACCCUAAUUUCAAAUCAGUUAUGGUCGACGAAAUACACGAGAAGUCUCAAUUAAAUGGCAAUCUCUAGCACCUGGUUAUUCCAGUCUACAGCAGUAGUAUUUAUUGCGCAUGCUCUUCAGAUAAGAACAUGACGUCACCGUUUGACACGACUUGUGGAGUAUGUCUAGUCUCGUUCUUUGAGUCCCUUGUUACAAAUGGUGCUGAAACACAGUCUGGUACACGAUUUGUGUACCAAUGGUAAAAUGUUUAUUUUGUCUUAAAUAUUGGAUAUCAGAACAUCAAUGUUUAAUUAAAUUCACAAAUAAUUUGUGUUUUCAAUGUCAAAGACUGGGCAUACUUUAAUGCAUGUGCCGACUGCAUCAAAAAAUAUCUCAACAAAUCAUGACAGCUGAAAAAUAUUUGUUACUUAAAAUACAUCACAAUUCUACUCACACCACCUCAGCUGCCGGGACUGGUAGAACUGUGACAGGGCUGAAUUAUCAAUUUAGGACUGACAAUCGAGCACCCUUAUUGCAAUACAUUCAGAAUUAUAAACUGGGCACAACAAUGUUUGAAAAAAAUCUAUUAACAUAAAAAUGUAAAGAUAAUCUUUUGAGAAUAGGCAAUAUCUUUCCUUGUUAAUUACAAAAGUACAUAUUUAUGAAGUAAAUAGAAUGUCUAGUGUAAUGUUAUGUCAAUUUUCAAUCCAAAAUUACCAUAUGAUCUAUUUAGAGUAUAAUCAUAGUACUGGUUUUCAUAGAAAAUGUCUAAGAAUUCUCCCAUUAUUAUUAUUAUUAUUGUAGUACUUCUUUUAGUUUAGUAAAGAUCCUUUUUUUACAAUAAAAUACUUUAAUAUUAU